GGAAAGAUAAGUCCAACAAGAAACAAUGGAGAAAGAUUUGGGGAAGCAGAUAAUGGAGGCGAGGGAGUCUUAUAGGAAUGGCAACACCAAGCCUAUUUCAUGGAGGAGGUCUCAGCUCCAAGCCUUGAAAUCUUUCCUCCUCCAUUAUGAGGUUCAAAUCUUUAGGGCUUUAAACCUCGAUCUAGGGAAGCAUUAUGUCGAAGCUUUUCGAGACGAGGUAGGACUCUUAAAGAAAUCAGUGAAUCUUGCAUUGGAGAAUUUGAACAGAUGGAACGCAAGCACAAAGGCUAAACUUCCUAUAAUUGCACUGCUUUCAUAUGCUGAAUUGGUUCCUGAGCCUCUUGGCCUUAUCCUCGUUAUCUCAUCUUGGAACUUCCCCUUGGGACUAUCCUUGGAGCCUUUAAUAGGAGCCAUAGCUGCAGGAAAUGCUGUCGUUUUAAAACCAUCAGAAAUGGCCCCUGCUUGUUCUUCUCUUCUUGCUAAUACCCUUCCCAAAUACCUUGAUAAUCAAGCUAUCAAGGUCAUCGAGGGUGGCCCUACUGUUGGCCAACAACUGCUUCAGCAAAAGUGGGACAAGAUUUUCUUCACAGGAAGUCCAAAAGUGGGACGGAUGAUAAUGUCAGAAGCUGCAAAGAAUCUAACACCAGUUACCCUAGAGCUGGGUGGGAAAUGCCCUGCUGUUCUUGAUUCACUUUCCUGGUCUUGGGACAAAGAGGUGGCUAUAAAACGAAUCAUUGGGGCAAAGUAUGGAUCUUGUGCGGGUCAAGCUUGUAUAUCAAUUGACUAUGUAUUAGUGGAGAAGUCAUUUUCGUCUACUGCAGUGGAACUGAUGAAGGCCAUAAUCAGGACAAUGUAUGGAGAUAACCCUAGAGAAUCACACAGCGUUGCCAGGAUAGUUAACAAACAUCAUUUCCUGAGACUUAAAAACAUUUUAACUGAUCAAAAGGUUAAAGACUGUAUCGUCUAUGGCGGUUCGAUGGAUGAAGACAGCUUGUACAUGGAGCCAACGAUAUUAGUGGAUCCCCCACUUGAAUCAGCAAUAAUGACAGAAGAGAUCUUCGGUCCAUUGCUUCCGAUAAUCACGUUAGAUAAGAUUGAAGACGGUAUAGAUUUUAUUAACUCAAGGCCUAAACCGUUGGCGAUAUAUGUUUUCACCAAAAAUGAAGUGCUGAGGAAGCGAAUCGUAUCCGAAACAUCAUCCGGAAGUGUUGUUUUUAAUGAUGCAAUCAUUCAGUUUGCAGCAGACACCAUUCCAUUUGGGGGCAUUGGUGAAAGUGGGAUGGGAAAGUACCAUGGAAAAUUCAGCUUUGACACAUUUACCCACUACAAGGCAGUGGUCAGAAGAAGCUUCUUAACUGAUUUUUGGUACAGGUUCCCUCCGUGGAACAAUCAUAAGAUGGAACUCUUGGAGGAUAGUUAUGGUUACGAUUAUUUCGGAUUGCUUCUUGUCAUUUUGGGAUUGAAGAGGUCUAGAAAGGCUUUUCAUGUCAACUAGUUAUGCUUAUAUUUGUCUCAUUGUGUGUGUGUAUGUAUGUAUGUAGAAUACAUGCAUGGCUAUGGCUCUCCUGUUAAAAGCAUUAAUGAUAUGCAAAUCACUGGGAAGAAACAUAAGAAAACAAUAAGUAUUGUUUGAUGCUAAUUUGACUGCCUCUGCGUCUGUAGAAUAAUUAAUUAGCAGCAAACUUUUGGAAUUUAA